GUGCCGGAUCCAUGAAUGAAUCAACGAGCGACAGAGUCGGUUCAGUCGAGUGUGCGUGUCGUUCGUCGAUUGUUUUUCGUUCGCUGCGGUGUGGCCGACGUGCGCUCCGCUGCUGUCAAGGAUAUAGCGAUUCAGCUGCAAUUAUUGUAGUUGUAGUGGGUUUUUAUAAUAGACUACUGAUAACAGUGAGGAGUUUCUAGUGAUAUUUUGUCGUCUGUUUGAUGGUUUUUAGAUAGCACAAGCGUUGACGAAUGCCUUGCUAAACAGCAGGUUUGUGGACAGGACAGGAACACCAUGUGGCUGCUAGACAUACCACAAACACAACAUAACGACUGUGAAAAAUUGCUGUGGUUCCGGUAUUACGAUGGUACGACUCUGGAUUACAUCGCUCAGUCCGAUUCGUUGAUCAUUAAACAUCCUGUAGACAAAUUGAAGAAGUUCAUUAGGGCGCGGAAACAUCAACAUCAGAAAUGCUCAGGAAUGGAGAACGAUGGUUUCCAGGAUGAACAGGACACUGUGAUACAAGAGAAGGAGUUCAAUUCUCUGAAUGACUCGACGCCACCAUCCGAAACGUUAGUAGAAAACAACGGUAGUAAAGAAGGAAUAGUGUCUGGCGCGAAGAAAAAAUCUCCCAAUGGGGUGUGCUCCUUGGAGGGGGCAGGGGGAACAAAGAAGAAGAUUAGGGUGAAAGGAGGCGCGAAAUCGCCAGGGAAAGAAUACUUCCACAUAUGGAAUGCUUCGACGUCGCCGUCACCUGAAGAAGAAGAAAGUCCAGUAUGUCACAUGUUAUCAGAAAGUCCUUCGGACAUCGUCGAAGCGCCUCCACUGCCACCUAGGGCUUCUCCUUCAACAGUUGUACCGCCGGUAGUACUUCACAGGCCCUUGGAAAGAUCCCAUGCCCUCGCCAGCCCUUUUUCUACGCCACCGGCUGUACAUAGGCAAAAUAAACCGCAGAAGAAACAGCAGCAACCAAGGCUGGAAGAUACGUUUGGGUUUGAGAUUAUUGAUACUGAUGAGGAGUACAGGUCUUUUGGUACAGCAUCAACAGCAUCUUCUUUGUCUGACGUUGAAAUGACCAGUACUCCAACUCAUAAACUGAAGGCUGCUUUUGCUGAAAACGGCAAGAAACUUAUUGGUUGUGAUAAUUAUAUAACGACAGUGCUAAGUAAAAAUUCUAGUCCUCAAUUACCCCUCCAACACCACCAUAUACUCUUAGAGAAGAAAGAUAGUCAAAGUUCGUCGCACAGUAGUUCCUCAACAGAUGCAGUAGAUGGUUGUUUUAGUUCAGAGUCAUUAGCUAAACCGCAUAAACCGCUUACUAGACAGGUGCCUGAUAUGGAGAAGAUUAAACAACAAAGUCUAGAAGACUGUGGAGGACAACAUACGCCACUUCAUAGGCCAGUGCUAGCACCAACAGCUCAUUUAAGUGGCUUGGAAAUUGUUAGGCCGCAUCCUAAAGGCUUACAAAGGGUGGCAGCGAUAUCCAAUGACCUAGCCAGCCUCCCAGUCUGUCCACCUACACCAACUCAUCGUGCCAGACGACGCGGCGUUACGAGAUCGAACUGCGGCGAUUUGCGACCUCCAGACCUCAAAUCGACCGAGCCUCCUGACCUCACCGUUAGCAUCGCAACGGCGACGGAAGAAGAUGGCGCUGCAGGAGCGGCGAAUAGCGGUCAAGAGGAAGACGGGGUGAGGUUAUUAGGUCUUGCGGCUGCUGGUGUGACAGCUGAGGAGGGCAAGGACGGAGAGGUCCAGAGUAGGGUUAGAGAUGCAAAUGGCGAGGCAAGUGGAGGAGUACCUUUACCACUCCAAAGGCUAAGCACGACAAGACUGCCAUCUAUACCUGAAAGGAGCCAUAGAGUAUUAGCAGAAAUGGGGGAACACGAAGAGCCAUUGCCACCGUCUUGGGAGGCUCGAAUGGACAGCCACGGUAGAGUAUUCUACAUAGAUCAUGCAACAAGAACGACGUCCUGGACAAGACCUGGUUCAGUAGCAGGCAGUGGGGCUACAGGGACUGUAGAAACAGCUGCUGGGGCACAAGAACAGCAACAUAGGAGGCAGUUAGAUAGGCGGUACCAAAGCAUUCGAAGAACUAUAAGUCAGAAUAGGAUAGAAGCUUCAGGUCCUAUUGGCGGAGGUACUGGAGCCAUGUCGGGAGAUAUCCAAGCACCACCUGGUUGUAAGCUCCUUACCAGGCCGGAUUUCUUCACGAUACUUCAUAUGAAUCAGGUUAGAAAUAAAGUAUUUUAGGUGGUGAACAUUAUCUGCAAAAAUAAAUCAGUAUAUUGCUCAAAAUGUUCCAAAUUAGCUACUCCAAG